AUGAAUUUGAGCGAUUUAAACAAAUUGCUAGUUGAUUCUGAAAAUAAUGAAAAUGAAAAAGAAAAAGAAAAAGAAUUCCAAGAGCUUAAUAUUCCAGAAGAAGUUAUAAACAGUUUAAAACAAAUAAAUAUUGUAUAUCCAUCACCAAUUCAAUAUAUAACUAUAAAAGAAGCAAUUCAAAAACAAGAUUUAAUAAUACAAUCUAAAAACGGAACAGGAAAAAGUACAUCUAUAUGUAUAAUAUUGAUAUCUCAUAUAAUAAAAAGAAUACAUAAAAAUGUAGCGAAAAACAAGUUCAAAUCGUUUUUAAAUAAUAAUAAAGAUGAUAAUUAUUGUGGAAGUGCAAUAAAUGGAAACAUAGAAAAGGAUAAUUAUUGUGAAGAUGCAUUUUCCUUUUCUCUCUAUUUUUAUGGAAUUGUUUUGGUUCCUACAAGGGAAUUGUGUGUGCAAAUAAAUGAUGUGAUUAAUAAAAUUUCAGAAAAUUUAAUUAUAAAAAAAAAUAAACAACUAGAUACUACAAACGAAUUUAGAGAAAAUGUUAUAGACAAACAUGUAGAAAAUAGUUAUAUUCUAAAAAUAAGAUCUAUAAUUCUAUAUGGUGGAACUGAUGUAUAUGAUAAUAUAAAAAAUUUAUUUUUAACACUUCCUCAAAUUAUUAUUUCAACUCCUGGACGAUUAAAACAUAUUCUAAAAAUGUUUCAAAACACUAAUAUUGAAUUAGAUAAUAUAAAUUUGUUUCAAAAGAUAGAUUCUAAAAAAAUAAAAAUAUCUUAUUUAAAAAUAGUGAAUCUUUUAUUAAAAAAAUUAAUUAUAGAUGAAGUAGAUGCAUUAUUAGAUGAACAAUUUGAAGAUCAAAUGAAAAUUAUUUUUAAUUCAUUAAUAAAUCCAAACGUUCAAAUAUUAGCAUAUAGUUCUACUUUUAGAGAAUCUACAAUUGAUAUUUUUAAAAAAAUGGUAACAUCUAUAGAUAUUAGUUAUAUUAAUAAAAUGAUAAAUUUAUAUAAUCAGUCUACCAAACUAAUUAAGGACCAUCACUACGACUCGGUUACAAACGACCCAGUUUUAGCUAGCGAGGAAAAUGCCAAAAACGGGCCAAAAAACGGGACAAAAAAUUGGCCAAAAAAUUGGCUGAAAAAUUGUGCAGGUGUAGAGAUAGACAACUCCCCUUCCAAACAAAAUUUAGAUGACAAAGUUUGUGGAAGUAGCUCGUGUGACAAAGUUUGUGGAAGUAGCUCGUGUGACAAAGUUUGUGGAAGUAGCCCGUGUGACAAAGCGUGUGGAAGCAGCUUACUAACUAAACAAUGUAUUAAAACAGCGAUUAAGAAAAAAAAAAAAAAAAAAAAAAAAAAAAAAAAAAAAAAUGUAAAUAUAAAAGAAAUAGAAAAAUAUAUACUAAACCAACAAAAUUUAAAAUAUUUUAUUAUUGAAAAAAUGAAAAAAGAAAAAAAAAAAAUAGACAUAUAUUCUUCGAAAAAGAGAAAAUUUAAAAUGUGUCAAACAUGUACAUCAGUAGUUUUAAUGCAAGAAAAUGAAAAAAAUAAAAUUUCGAAAUUAGACUCCCCAAUAUUAAUGAAUAUAAAACAUUGUUUCAUUACUGUUAACAAUGAAAAUAUGAACAAACAUGAAGAAUUAAAAUAUAAAUUAAAAGUAUUACUUAAAAUAAUAAAAGAAAUAAAAUUUGAACAAUGCUUUCUUUUUAUAAAUAACUCUUAUGAGGGUUUACAAAUAACUAAAAUGAUGAAAAAAUAUAAUAUUGAUUGUUAUUAUGUAAGCUCUAAAGUUGAACAUAAUGAAAGGAUGCAAAGUUUUAAUAAAUUAAAAAAUAAUAAAAUGAAGAUUGUUAUAUGUACUGAUAUUAUGAGUCGAGGAAUAGAUAAUAUUGUGUGUGAUCUUGUUAUUAAUUUUGAUAUACCAUGUAGUAAAGAGAUAUAUAUUCACAGGUCAGGCAGAUGUGGACGAUAUGGAAAUAAAGGUCUUUGUAUAAGCUUAUGCAAUUAUACUGAUUAUAAUUAUUUAUAUUAUUUUAAAUAUACUUUAAAAUUAAAUGUUUAUGAUUUUUAUUAUUUAUCUUCUUCUCAAAAAUGUUCACUCACAAGUGUGCCUAACCAGACCAACACCAAAUCAGACCCGGGCAUAGACGAAACAGACCCGUGCAAAUACGAAACAUACCCAUGUAAGGAAAAAGCAGACCUAUGCAAAGAAAAAGCAGACCCAUGCAAAGACGAAACAGUUUGCGAUACACUUCCUGUAAAUAGUGAACAUUCCGAAUGGGGUGCACUUGACUUUUAUUCAAAUUCUGAAAUUUUAAAAAAUAUAAUUGGAAAAAAUGAUGUUAAUAAAAUAGACAAAAUUGGAGAAAAAGAAUACAAAGAAAAAAAUUUUGUUAAAAUAAUUAUAAAAGGGUUUUACUCAAAAUUUAUUAACACUUUAAAAAUUUUUAAUAUAAGAGAUGAAAAUAUAUAUUUAAAAAUAUACUUUAAAAAAUUAUUAACAAAAUUAAAAAUAAUCAAAAAUGAUAUUACUUACUUUUUUUAUUUACCAAAUGAUAACAUACAUUUUUUUAAAAGCAUAAAUAUAAUUGAACAUAAAUCAAAUUUAAUAUUAUAUUUUAAUUUUAAAAAAAAAAUAAAAAUAUAUUAUACAACCUAUUUGGAUAGACUAAAAUCAAUGACAAAUAUGAAAGAAAAAAAAUAUCACUACACAAAUUUUUGUAUGCUCUUUUUUUGCAAUUCAAAUAAUUAUAUGGUCUUGAAAAUUUAUUAUGCUUUUCUUUUCUUGUUUAAACAUUAUCAAUAUCCUCUUAAUGAUUUGCUUGCUUCGAUGCCACUUAUGUGUGCAAAUAUAAAGAGAAAAAUAGAAAAUAAAAAAAGCAAACAAAUUGGAACGGGCAAACAUAUCGAAACGGACAAGGGAAAAAAUAACUUUGAGCGAUUUAAUUAUUCAUCAGACAGUUUUUUGCUCCUUUAUGAUGAGAUUAACAAAUGGGAUAAAAAAGAAAAUCAAUUAUUUGAUCAUAAAAAUAGCUAUAAUAGUGAUAAAAAUUCUGACCAUGAUGGAAUUAUUUGCAUGAACAAGCAAGGAAAAAUAAUAGAAAAAGGGAAUGGAUAUGAUGAUAUUAAGUUUUUUUUACAAUUUAUAUUUUCUUCAAACAAAAAAAAAAAACGAAAAUAUCUUAUUACAGAUAUGGAGAAAAAUAUAAAUGAUAAAGAAUAUUCUUCAGAUAAUAUCGAUUAUAACAUUCUGAACAAAACAGAAAAUGUAACAUUUAAUACGAUACUAUUUGAUGAUGCUCUUAAUUUUUUAAAUAUUAGUACAUAUGAAAAAAAACAGUUAGCUAAUUUUUCAUCUCAAUGUAAUAAAAUACAAUGUAUAAAUAAUGAACAAAAAAUAAUUGCAAACUUAAAUAGGUUGAUAAAUUCUCAAAUAUUCCUCAAUCUAAAUUAUAACGAAAAUCCGAAUUUGAUGAAAAGUAUUUUUUUACAAAAUCAUAUACAAUUGUGUAAAGAUUUUUAA